UGAGGAGAGGAGGCUCCGAGAGGCGGGGAGGCCGGUCGGGUUUGUUGUCAUCCCAAGAUGGAGUUUCUGUUGGGCAACCCUUUCAGCACCCCGGUGGGGCAGAGCCUCGAAAAGGCUACAGAUGGCUCCCUACAGAGUGAAGACUGGACACUUAACAUGGAGAUAUGUGACAUCAUCAAUGAGACAGAAGAAGGCCCAAAGGACGCCAUCCGAGCGCUUAAGAAGAGGUUGAAUGGAAACAAAAACUACAGGGAAGUAAUGCUAGCUCUAACGGUACUGGAAACAUGUGUGAAGAACUGUGGCCAUCGCUUUCAUGUCCUAGUAGCAAACCGUGACUUCAUAGAUGGUGUCCUGGUAAAAAUCAUCUCUCCCAAGAACAACCCACCCACCAUUGUCCAGGAUAAAGUACUUGCACUAAUUCAGGCCUGGGCUGAUGCCUUUCGAAGCAGCCCUGAUCUAACUGGGGUGGUCCACAUUUAUGAAGAACUCAAAAGAAAAGGGAUUGAGUUUCCAAUGGCUGAUCUGGAUGCUUUGUCGCCAAUACACACACCGCAGAGAAGCGUUCCUGAAGUUGACCCAGCUGCCAGCAUGCACAGGUCCCAAUCUCAGCAACGGAUGAACUCCAGUUCCUAUUCAUCUCCUUCUCCAACGGCGUACUCUGCUCCUCAGGCCCCAGCUUUGAAUGUGACCGGCCCCAUCACAGCAAAUACAGAGCAGAUUGCACGACUGCGGAGUGAACUGGACGUUGUUCGUGGAAACACCAAAGUGAUGUCUGAAAUGCUCACAGAAAUGGUCCCUGGGCAAGAAGAUUCAUCAGACCUUGAGUUACUGCAGGAGCUGAACCGCACCUGUCGAGCCAUGCAGCAGAGGAUCGUGGAGCUCAUCUCCAGGGUGUCCAACGAAGAAGUCACAGAAGAGCUGCUUCAUGUCAACGACGAUCUGAACAACGUUUUCCUCCGAUACGAGAGAUUUGAGCGAUACAGGUUGGGUCGGUCUGCACAGAACGCAAGCAAUGGGGUUCUCAGCGAGGUGACUGAAGACAACUUAAUAGACCUGGGGCCUGGCUCCCCGGCAGUGGUCAGCCCCAUGGUUGGAAACACGGCACCGGCAUCCACACUUUCGACCCAACUCGCCGGGCUUGAUAUAGGCGCAAACAACGUGAGCGGAACGCUCAGCUCCCUCCAGCACCCCAACCCCCGGGAUGACUUCGACAUGUUCGCACAGACGAGAGGCAGUUCACUGGCUGAUCAACGCAAGACCGUGACGUAUGAAGACCCCCAGGCUGUUAAAGGACUGGCAUCUGCCCUGGAUGUUCGGAAACACAACGCAGGAGGGAGGAGAGGUAAAAGUGGCAGUUCAGACAUGGAGCCCAUAGACAAGUGGCUAAUGACGCAAGGAAUGAUUCCCGUCACACAGUCCUCUGUCAUGGAUGACAUUGAGGAAUGGCUCAGUACCGACGUGAAAGGAGACGAACUGGAAGAAGGAGUGACGAGUGAAGAGUUUGACAAAUUCCUAGAGGAGCGCGCCAAAGCUGCUGAAAGGAUCCCCAACCUGCCCUCGCCACCUCAGGAGGAGCCCACGCCACCGACGACGGCAAACCCCCCAAGCAAAAAGAAGCCGGAGCGCUCUGAAGAUGCCCUCUUUGCCCUGUGACGCUCCUUCCUCGGCUCUUCUUCCUCGUGUGCGUGUGUGGAGGAAGGCAACCGCGCAGUCCAGCGGCCUCCUUGUGCUCUCCAGCUAGCGACGAGCUCCCUUUGCCCCUCCUGGGUUCCAUAGAUGGCCUCUCGUACCUCUUGGAAGCGAUCCAGCCCGAAUAAGCUAACAUUUCACAGAGUAUUUACAUCCAGCCUUGUCACUUCUGUGGCUGUCCUUGGCCACUCGCUAAGCUCCUUCUCUCUCGCACCCACCCACCCAGGUCAAUACCAAGACCCUCUGUCUUUUUUAAUAAUAAUAAUAAUGCAUGAAUUCUUUCUCAUCUCACCUCCCUGCAUUCCUGGCAGACCCAGAACAGAGUUGUGCAGAGGGUAGUCUUGUCUUUUAUUUAAGCCAAAACCUCCUUUCUCCCACAAGCCAGUCCAAAGUGCAACAUGCUUGGUGCAUCUCUGAUAGCGGUGAAGUGUGUUUAGGUGCCUGUUUCUCAAGAACCGGCGUAGCCUUCCCAUAGGUUGAACACAAAAGAAAUUUAUCGUCUUGCUCCAGUCCCAGAAUUUGGCACCAUGCGUUGCCUGUUCCACCUCCCCAGCUGGGUUGUGGAUCUUUUCGUGGGAUGUUUGUUUGGCUUUCUGCCCUAGGGUGGUCAACUGCAGUGAGGAUUGUGACCUGGCUCUGAUAGGUAGGCCGUGUUUCUUAGCGGGUACACUGUCUCUACAAGGGAGAAGAAGCUCCCCCCCCCC